AUGCUGGCGAAUUUUCUUUUGCCCUUUGCGGGCCCUGAAUCGGAGCGGCUCGUGCACAUCUUUGCGGAGGAGAUGCAGAGGCCGAGCGUGCCUGCGGUGUCUCGCCUGGCGAUUUUCUACCUUUUUCACCACCUCCUGCAUCAGCCUGUAGCCGCGCCGUCUCCUCUACCGCCGCCCGCGCUCGAGCACGGCAACGCGGCUCGCCUGCCUCCCCAGGGAAGCAGGCGCUUCGGGGACAUCGGAUUCUACGCCUUUCUCGUCCCUUUCAUGAAGACUCUUCCGCAGUUUCCGCCACUCCUCACGGAGAAGGUUUUGCGGUGUUGCUGCAUUUUCGCCGAGCGCGGCUUUUACACUCACGAAGCGGUGCGGCACUUGUUCGCCUUUGUCCCGCCCGGGGGCCUCGCACUUCCUUCGCCGCUCCACGAAAUCCACCCGCUGCUCUCGAGUCUUUUGCAUCCUUCGCGGUGCACGCGAGGCACGUCGGCGACUUUGUCUCUGCAUGCAGAGCCGUCUCGCAGCGCCGUCGCGGCCUGUCGCGCGCUCUCCCUCCCUGCGCUCAAGUGCCUUCUCAGGAUGCCGAGUGUUACCAAGGGCAUCGCCCACGCGCGGAGCAAAUUGCAGGAACUUCCCUUCAACUCGUCUCUCUCUUCCUCCGACGUCUCUUCUCUCCUGCCUCUCCCCUCUUCUGCUCCCUCAUCUUCCUUUUCUUUAUCGCCUCCGCCUCCGCUUCUUUCGGCUGCGUUGUUCGCCGGCAUGCCUGUGAACCAGCUGACGGAAUGCAGCGCCGCUCUCGACCGCGCGACGCGCCUCACAGGACAAGAGUACAUUCUUUUGCAGUCUUCGCUUCUCGAUCUCUCGUCUCUUCUUCAGUGCAUGCACGAAGACUUCGUUGGCCUUCGCGCGUCCAUCUCGUCUCUCACCUCCUCCCUAACCGAGGAAGUCUCCCCGUCAAAACGCCGUCGCCAGUCGCAGGCCGUCGGCCCCAGAGAGCGAGCUACAGAAGAGCGCGAGAACGACGAAAAAAGUAAACAGGCAAAACACGGAGAGGGGAAACCCACGAAGGGGGCUGAACGCCGCGACCGUGGAAGUGGAAACGACAAGAGCCAUCGGUCCUAA